AUGAAGCAGUUGUACAGAUAUUUCAUUGCAAUAGUUCUUGUGUUUCUUCUAAUGACUGGCGCGCUCCAUUACGUGCCAAGAAUGCUCGUGAACAAAAGUGGCAGUGGCGGGAAGAUAAAAUGUCUUCUAAUGCCUACAGAACUUGAAAAUCAAGCCAGGACUAACGACGACCGUAAAAAAUGGCCAGCGUGGAGUGUUAUCAGGAAGCAAAGCAGAAAAACGGCUUCGAAGCUUCCAUAUGUGUGGGACAAUGAUAUUGGUGACGAUAGGAUAGUGUCCCAAAUGGAAUUUGUGCCAGGAAUUCAUGGAGAAAAGAAAGUGCUUUGGACGAGAGCCUCUGAUUUCAAUGUAAAUCCUGGAGACAGAAUAUUCAGCUCCUGUCCAGUUAAACACUGUACAAUUAUUGAGGAUGACAAUUUUCCAAAGAUUGACGCCAAAAUGUGGAAUAUGCAGUUUUCCUACAUGGAUAUACCGAGGUUCAAUCCCGCUAAGACCAAACAGGAAGACCAAGUUUGGAUUAUCUAUAACCUGGAAGGUCCGCUUGCGACCCCGGAUUAUUAUCUUUUAGAUAAUUUGUUUAACUGGACAGCGUCUUAUAGACGAGACUCCACCAUAGUAACGCCAUAUGAAAGAUGGCGUCCAUACAAGGACGUGAAACCUUCAACGAAAAAACGAAAUUAUGCGGCUGGCAAAAGUCGAAAAGUAGCCAUGUUUAUUUCUAACUGUGAUACGACGAAUGGACGGAUGAAUUACGUCCAUGAAUUACAGAAGUAUAUAGAUAUUCAUGUUUACGGUGCAUGCGGAGACGGAAGUCACCAGUGUGACAGAUUUGAAAAUCAGACUGCAUGCAUCGAAACAUUAAGGCGACAUUACAAGUUUUAUUUAGCAUUUGAAAACUGCAAUUGUCGACAUUAUAUAACAGAAAAGUUUUUCGUUAAUGCUUUAUCAUCUGACGUCAUUCCUGUUGUGAUGGGAGCGCAUCCUGACGAUUAUAAAGCUGUGGCACCACCAGACUCCUUCAUUCACGUCGAGGAUUUUAACUCGCCUAAAGACUUAGCAAAAUAUUUACAUACAUUAGAUAAAAAUGAUGAUUUGUACAAUGAAUAUUUUCGAUGGAAAGGCACUGGUUCGUUUAUUGACACCAAGUUCUGGUGUAGACUCUGUGCCUUACUUAAUGACCCUGACAAACCUAGCCUCGUUGUGGAGAGUUUAAGUGCAUGGUGGAGACCUCCUGGGGUUUGUAUCCGUGAAGACCAAAAAUGGAAGGAUUUAUGACGUCACGCAAUGCCUUUCAACUUUAAAGGCGUAUAUUGAAGCAUUUUAUUUUGUUAUGAGUCCUGUAUAAUAUUUGUUACUUAUUGAAAUCCAAACAGCAGUAAUACCACGUUACAACAGCCGUAUUGAUUUUUAGACCAUUUAUGCGUUUCCAAAUGAAAGUCAAGGUUGAA